UGGCAAGCCUGCACAAUUUGAGUUGAGUUGGGUGGUCUGAGAAACGCCAACCCAAGCCCGGUCCAUUAACAGCCCUGGUUUAAUCAACUCAUCAAGCCUGCAAAUUGAGAUGGCCCGGGUCGGAAUUGCCAUCUCCACUUCCUUCUUUACAGAAUUGUGGUUUCGAGCCUUCAACGGAUAAGGAAAAACUCGAAAGAACGACUCUUCACUCCUCCGUGGUCCCUAGCGUGAUCUCCAUGUCCUGUUUUUCUAGCUCUCUCGAAAUUCAAAAAAUAAUCCAUUAAUCGAAAAAAUAAUUCAUCCAUGACUUUCAGUUUCAGCUUCUCUCUACCACUCUCAAAACCUUCCCUGCUGCUUCCUUCUCCUUCUCGGGAGCUCCACAGACACAACCACCGUGCUAGAUUCAGAACCCGAACCGUUCAAAUCUCCGUCGACUCUCCGGUGUUAUCUGACUCCCCGCCGGAAAAGAGCACAGGAGUUGUCGUUGUUGGAGCUGGGCUCGCCGGGUUAGCUGCUGCUACUCGGCUCCACUCGGAUAAUAUCCCUUUCGUCCUUCUAGAAGCUUCGGACGGAGUCGGCGGCCGCGUUAGAACCGACGUCGUCGACGGAUUUAUCCUGGAUCGAGGGUUUCAGAUCUUCAUUACUGCCUACCCUGAAGCACAGAAGAUCCUCGAUUACAAAGCACUCGAUCUCCAGAAAUUCUACUCGGGCGCUUCCGUUUACUACAACGGCGGGUUCCAUACCGUUGCUGAUCCGCUGAGGCAUUUUCCGGACGCGCUAAGGAGCCUAGCAAACCCUAUCGGAUCCGUUCUCGAUAAACUACUGAUCGGGUUAACGAGACUUAGGGUUUUGAGUAGAUCGGAUGAAGAGAUAUUGUCUGCAAAUGAGGUUCCCAUUAUUGAUUUGCUUAAAACGUCAGGGUUUUCUGAGUCCAUCGUUGAUCGGUUCUUUCGGCCAUUCUUCGGAGGGAUUUUCUUCGAUAGGGAACUCGAAACCACUUCGAGAUUGUUCGAUUUCAUCUUCAAGUGCCUCGCUUUGGGCGACAAUGCGCUUCCCGCCAAAGGAAUCUCUGCAAUUCCAGAACAAUUAGCAGCCAAACUUCCCUCCGGCUCGAUUUUCUUGAACUCUAAGGUCGUCUCCAUCGAUUUCGACAAUUCCAAGUCCAACCCCCCGAGCGUGAGAUUACAGAGCGGAGAGGUCCUGAAGAGCGAGCUAGGAGUGAUCGUAGCAGUCGAAGAACCUGAAGCAGACAAGCUUUUGGCGGGAAAGAUCGCCGGACGACGGCCCGGGAAGAGACGGCCUCGGAGUACGGUCUGUUUAUAUUUCUCAGCUGACCGGGCUCCGGUUCGGGAACCGGUUUUGUUCCUUAACGGUUCCGGUUCGGGAAUCGUAAAUAACAUGUUUUUUGCCACUAACGUGGUUCCAUCCUACGGUCCACCCGGGAAGACAUUAGUAUCGGUUUCGUUAAUCGGUACGUACGAGGGUGUCUCUGAUGAGGAUCUGGCAUCUGAGGUGGUUCGUGAGCUUUCGGACUGGUUCGGGAGUUCAACCGUGGGCUCAUGGAAACAUUUGAGAACCUACCAUAUCGGGUUUGCACAGCCGGACCAGAGCCCACCAACCGAUCUGAUGAAGAACCCGAAGAUUGAACUAGGUGUCUAUGUUUGUGGUGACCAUCGAAACUCUGCUACUUUUGAUGGAGCUUUAGUUUCGGGAAGGAGAGCGGCCGAGGCUCUACUAAAGGAUAGAGCUUUGGCUGCUGUAUAGCUGAAUUUUUCAUUAAAAUUCAUUCUUAGUCUAUUUGUUCUUUCUGUAAUUGAAUAUCAGCAAGUUUAUAUACAUGUUUAGCUUGUCUAUUCAUAUACUUUGAAGUUCAUACUAAAUUUACUACUGGAAUUGAAAAUUUAAA